GGGGGGGAAGAGGGGUUUUCUCGUUUUUUAUCUUUCUUUAUACCCUCCUCCUCCUCCUCCUCGUUUUGGGCGGAUUUUGAGGGGUGCCAAUAUUAAUUCACACCCCAGCUGUACUGCCCAGGUUACCGUGCGUCCCGCGCGCCGCGCAGGUGAUGCUGGUGCACGGGGACCCGCGGGCAGAAAGACGGCAUUUUCCAGACGUUCGGACGGUAAAAGGAGAGACGGUGCGUAUCAGACAUUGGAGAAUGGCUGGAAGGCGCGAGCCGUUUCGCUUGUUGACCGAUUCACAAUAAAAAACAAGAAGGCAUUUCAAAUGAGAAAACUAAAGAAACGCGGUGGUCACACUGGAGCCAGCAGGGGCAGAGGAAGGGGCAGGGGUGGGAAUACUGCCUCCAGCCAAUCAGAACUAGACAUUUUGCUCCGUCCGCCAUCCCCAUGCAGGCUGAACUUCUCUAUGACCCGAGAGAAUCUGACCUAUGCCCAGUCACAGAAGAUGGUGGAGGUGGAGCUGGAGGGGAGGAUCCACCGGAUCAACAUUUUCGACCCACUUGUGGUCGUUACUGAGGAUGAAAUGCUGGCACAGGAAUUGCAAGAGUGCAACAGCAACAAAGAAAACAGUGAGCAGGACCUCAGUCUUGGCCAUCAAGGACCCAAUACCUCUGCUAACAAAGGUAGGAAGAAGGACAGCAGAAAUGGAGGCAGCAGGGCAAGACGCUUUGGUUCUCAGCAAUUUUCACACCAUGAGAUCCACCAGACUCAACUUGAAGGACCGUUGCCUAAGCCCACUUUCCGCAAACUGGACACUUUCACUCCUUCUGAGGCUCCAUCUCUUCCUGUGGCCUAUUAUCGCUAUGUGGAAAAAUCUACAGAAGAGCUAGAGACAGAGGCAGAGUACGAUAUGGAUGAGGAAGACAUGGCCUGGCUGGAGAUGGUUAAUCAGAAGCGAGUUUCAGAUGGCCAUGCUUCCGUUCCACCUAACACGUUCGAGUUGCUGAUUGACCGGCUGGAGAGAGAGUCCAUUGUAGAGUCAAGGAGCCAGGCCCUAUCUCAAAAUACUAUUGACGAGGACGCAUACUGCUGCGUGUGCAUGGAUGACGAAUGCCUCAACAGCAAUGUCAUCUUAUUCUGCGACAUCUGCAACCUGGCUGUGCAUCAGGAAUGUUACGGCGUGCCCUAUAUUCCAGAGGGUCAGUGGCUGUGCCGUCGUUGCCUGCAGUCUCCAUCAAGGCCCGUGGACUGUGUUCUGUGUCCAAACCGUGGCGGUGCCUUCAAACAGACAAGCGACGGGCGCUGGGCACAUGUGGUGUGUGCCAUCUGGAUCCCAGAAGUGUGCUUUGCUAACACUGUGUUUCUGGAGCCAAUAGAGGGCGUCAGUAACAUUCCUCCUGCAAGGUGGAAGCUAACUUGCUAUCUGUGCAAGCAAAGGGCGAGGGGCGCGUCUAUCCAGUGCCACAAAGCUAACUGCUACCGGGCAUUUCAUGUGACUUGUGCCCAGAGAGCAGGACUCUUUAUGAAAAUCGAUCCAGUGCGUGAGACAGGCACAAAUGGCACAACGUUUACCGUGAAAAAAACAGCCUAUUGUGGAAGUCACUCACCAGCUGCAGUGGACGGUGAGGAAGAUGAAGGUUUUGCAGGUGGUAGGAAUAACAGAGGUCAAAGGUCAUACACGCUUGGCCCUACGUUGCAGCAGAACCAGCGUGGAAACAAAAAGGCUUCGCCCACGCCACAACAAAAGAAGACAAGGAAGAGUGCAGAUGGAGUUUCACGCAAAACAGGAGUGCCGCUUCUCCUCGUGCCCCAAAUCCCAUCCUACAGGCUGAAUAAGAUUUGCACCGGCGUGUCUGUUCAGAGGAAGAACCAGUUCAUGCAGAGGCUCCAUAAUUAUUGGCUGCUGAAGCGUCAUUCUCGUAAUGGUGUUCCACUCAUCCGCCGGCUCCAUUCACACCUUCAGGCACAGAAAACUGAGCAGAGGGAGCCGGAUGCAAGAUUGCAGGCCAUUAGAGAGGAGCUGAAAUACUGGCAGAAACUGCGUCAGGACCUGGAAAAAGCCCGUCUGCUGAUCGAGUUAAUUCGCAAGAGAGAGAGGCUUAAACGCGAGCAGAUGAAGCUACAGCAGGCGGCUUUGGAGCUUCAGUUGACUCCCGCUCUAGUUCUGCUGCGCUCCACGCUUGAGCAGCUGCAGGAGAAGGACACUGCCCACAUCUUCACCUCACCUGUUAACCUGAAAGAGGUUCCAGAUUAUCUGGAGUUUGUUUCUGAACCAAUGGAUUUCUCCACCAUGCGAGAGAAGCUAGAGGCCCAUAAGUAUUGCUCAGUAUCUGAUCUCGAGGCAGAUUUUAACCUCAUGGUGUCCAACUGCCUAAGGUACAACUCCACAGAUACAGUGUUCCACAAGGCUGCCAUGCAACUGCGGGAGGUAGGGGGCGCUAUCUUAAGGCAUGCCCAACGCCAGGCUGUCAGCGUGGGAUUGGACCCCAAAACAGGAAUGCAUCUGCCACACUCAGCGGGAAAAACAAAUUCAAACCAGUCAUGCUGGGAUGAUGUGGACACUCUGCUGGACCCUGCAAACAGAGUCCACAUGUCACCGAAGGACCAACUGAAGGUGCUGUUAGACAAGCUGGACACAAUAACAUCCAUGCGCACCAGUGGGGGGCGCACUAAACGCAUGAGGCUGCUGCGGCGGGAGAUCAACAGCAUCCGGCACAAACUCAGCCACCAACGAAGAACAUCAGGACUGCUCAACCGUAACACCAAGGAGGAAGAAGAGGGGGAGGAAGAAGGGCACAAUAAGAAAAUGAAUUACACAGCCAUUCCAGAAUCUACAAAAUCAUCAUCUCAGAAACCUCUAGAACCCACCUGUUCCACUUCCUCCCCUUUACCUGGUGAUGCCCCACCAAAUGCCCCGAUAUUCUGUCUGGAGACAGGGGGGACCACUACCUCCAGCCAGUCCAACAAACGGCAGGGGGGCAGGGGCCGGGGGCGAGCGAGGGGAAGAGGGAGGGGUCACAGUGAAGCUGCUGGACAGACAGAGGUGGAGGAUGACACAUUUCAGUCAAAAGAAAACAGAUUGACAGUGGCUCCAAGUCCCAAGGAGGCUGAGCCUGUUAACGGAGUUUCUUCUCUGGAGAGCCCCCCUGCCUCACCCAAGCUGGGAGUGGGCCGCCGCACCUCUAUCCUCUUUAAAAAAGCUAAAAAUGGUGCUAGACUGUCUAAAAGCAGUCCUGUUCUUCUCCAGAACGGACUCAGCACUGAAGAAAUGUCUGAACAUCUGCCUCAGGCAAAUUUACUGUCAGCUCCGCCCACCCCAAAAUCCUCUCCUCCCUCUCCACACCAGUUACGCUCCAGAGCGGCCAGCCCCGACAGCGAAACAGAGCGGUCUUGCUCACCCCCCAACCAAAAUGGCCUGACAAAUGGCUCAAAGAAACAGAGGGAUAGCUCACCAGACUCAGAGAAUUCUUCUCCUGCUUACCAAAACCUCAGUUCUUCACCUCCCAAACGCAGUCGAGGAAAACCAGCUCUAAGUAAAGUUCCAGCAGCAGAGGGAGAGAACACAGAGGCUGAUUCAGCCAGGAACAGUUCCCAGAAAGGUGACGACCUGGAGCCUCUGAGUUUGGUUUGGGCAAAAUGCAGAGGAUACCCUUCAUAUCCUGCAAUGACAGUAGACCCGGAGAUGCCUAAAGAGGGAAUCCUUCAUAACGGCAUCCCAAUCCCUGUGCCUCCUAAAGAGGUCCUAAAACUGGGCGAGCGUCGGCGGGCUGAGACUGAGGAUAAACUCUUUCUUGUAUUGUUCUUUGACACAAAGAGAACUUGGCAGUGGCUGCCAUUGGAUAAACUCCAUCCGAUGGGGGUUGACGACACCGUGGAUAAGCUCCGCCUGAUGGAGGGAAAGAAACGAAAUGUGCGGAAGUCUGUGCACAUGGCAUACGAGCGUGCAAUGACACACCUCAGUCACGUACGGGAAAAUGCUGACUUCAGCCCAUCCUCUUUCAUGUAAACCGCUUCUGGAUGUGAUAUGACUGAAACAGACUGCUGCACUGCGGUGAAGUGAAUGUUGGGAAAUAAUUGGGGAAAUAAUAAUGAUUUUGAAAAGUAGCUUCAGCAGGAAAUUCCCUUGAUUGAUUCCAGAAAUGAAGAAAAGUCCCAUUGAAAUUGUUUUAAACUAAUUUAUAUAAAUAUUUUAUUCUCUCUGUCAAAAUGAUUGUUGAUCAUUUUACAUUUUAUGAAUGAAUGACGGCACAUAGAGGUACAUAAAUGUGCAAUGUGAGUUCAGUUUUGACAAACCUCAUUGAUGGCCAGCUGUACCAGCUAUCUGGAAGUUCAAACGUAGGCUAGUUAUAGCAUUAUUAUUUAUUUGUUAUUUAUUAGCUACAAGAUUGUACAUUACUAAAUCAGAAAAGCUUUCUUCAUACAAAUGUUGGUUUUAAUAAGAGCUUAACUGCUAAUGUUACUCUUUUAAUAUGCUAGGCCCACUUAGCUAAGAAAACACUGCUCUAAUUUGGUUUGUCUUUUACCCCCAUUUUUGUUAACAUAAAACUGCUCUAGAAAUUAGAACUGAUAGAAAAAUCUGGGCUGAUGCUGCCAUUGUAGUGGUUGGACAGAAACCGUUAUUUGGAAAAGUAGAGUUUUUGAAAAUAUCAAAAUCAAUAAACAAUUAUGUGAUAUUGAUUUAUAUUCGGUUCACUUAAAAACAAACUAAAUAUUUGUUGUUUUGUUCAAAAUUUUAUUUUUUCAUGGAAUGACAUCUCAGCGUAAAAUGUUUCCAUUUUAGAUUGUUGAUUGGUUAUACAAUGUUUCCCUUUGUCAUAAUGUAUGAUCUACAAAUGACUCCAUACUCCCAGUGACAGUCAAUACAUAAUAGUUCUCUGUCUUACUUUGAGGCACACUGCUGAUAAAAUCACUCAGAGUCAGAUGUCCUGUAGAAGAUUGGUCGCUGGUGGGUAUUCCAUACCAAGCAUGGACAGGCAGCGAGUUUGUUUGGUGAAACAGGGAACAGGAACCAAUUAGCAGUCAGCCUACGUAGGCCAUGUUUAUUCACUUCAAGGCAAAUUGAGAAUGCUCUUGAGAAGUUCUUGGUUUUUUUUUUUUCAAUGCAAGCUCCAUCUGAAGUGAAAUCUCUAGUCAACUUAACUGUUUUAUCUCACUUUGUUCAAACCCCUGUCUAAGAUGACAUAGGGUAGGUCUAUUAAGACAGAAACAUGUUCCAGACAAAUUAUCAGCGUAUUGAUCAGAACAAUUAGUCUGUUGCAUGUAGCUACUGCUCACAACUAGACUAAGCUAAGCAAUCAGUAAGCCUAUGGCAUGUUCAUCAUAGAAAUGAAGACUUGCUAAAAGAAUGUUGUUAAAAAUAUGGAUUUAUGGAAUAGCUGAAAUUUGAGGGGAGGAGCAUGCCUGAAAUACCUCCUCCUUGCAAUCAAAUCUCCUCUAUCUCCUCUCUGUUCUUCAGUCCUAUGUUAUUCUUAGAACAGCUCAGGGGAUGGAGUGUGUGUGUAGGGUGUGGGGAGUGUCUGGCCUCCUAGCUCCAAGGAGAAUCUCUUCAUAACUCCAGCCCAAAUUUUUAGAGUCAGUUGCGCCCCCUCCACCCCCCCCCCUCCCUUUAUAUUAGCGCUAAAUGUAAGAAGACACAGUCUGAACUUGCAAAAUGUUAAUGUUUUUUUUUUCCAACAAAUGAUCUGUCAUCCUGCACAAGAAAAAAGUCAUGCUUUCAACAAAUGACUUGUUAUAUAUUCAUUUCUACAGUGUCCUCUCCAUUUUCAAGUAAACAGAACAGACUCAAGGUCAAUGCCCCGUGUUCCAUGGAAAAUUACAAUAUCUUUUUGUAUUGGUUAUUGCAGCAUCAUGUUACUGCUCAUACUUCCCUUUUAGUGUUGCUAAAACUGAAUGACUUCCAGCUGCCUUGGAACUUUUGGUGCCAGCGGUGUGCACGCAGGGUUAUAGAGAGCUUUUUAGGAUUCAGCAUUAAUUUUACUAGCUAAAAAUGUACUUACGGAUUGGCAGUACAACAAUUUAGUAAAAUGAUCAUUUAGUAAUAAAAUUCUAAGGCAGUUGAGGGCCUUUCUGAUGUGGAGUUGUGUAACAACAAGCCUUAAAAACCUGCUAGGUAGGUACUUUUUGUGAAACAUCUGAGCAAAGUGCAUGUUGGAGCUAAAAAUCUGUAGGUAAAGUGGCUGAAUGUGAUGUCCAAAAAUCUUGGUGUAUUUUUACUUUGCGUUCCACUUGCUGUUAUUAGUUUUAACAUGUGCAUUACAGACUUUAACCAUAGUUACUCAGCCCACUGAAAUAGCAUUUGCCAAUUCCAUGUUUUAUGGCUCUAUUUUUCUGAAAAUACCCAAAUAUCCAAAUAUUUCUGUUUAUCAUGUCAGAAUGUAAAGAAGUUUAUUUACUGGAAGGUUCUGGCGACUGGUACAAGCGUCACUAAGCGCUAGAUUUUGGGGGCUGUCUCUACUUUUGUACAUAUGAAUGCAUGUAUGUAGAGCAUAUGCAUAUGUGGUUUUUGAAAACAAAAAUGUAAAGUAAUGCCAAGAUUUGUACAUUUCAUUUUAAUUUAUAUUGUGUGGUUAUAGAAUUGUUAUUUAAUAGUAAUUAAGGAGAUUUAAUUUAACAAUGCUCUGCAAAGCAUUAUAAUGUUGAGAAAGUAUCACUGCAUAUACGAGAUUGUUCCUUAGCAGUCUAAAGUGGAUAAAGAUAGAAAAGAAAUAAUAAAGUAGUCUCUUGGAUAAUGCAUACGCAGUAAAACAGAAAAAAGGUGUUUGUUUUUUUAAAGCCUGUGAAAACAGCUAAUUGUACCAAAAACAUGUCCAAAACAGUAUUUUCUCAGAAGAGAAAUAAAUACAUUGUUGAGUCUAUGAUUUGA